AUGCCGUCGAGCGCCUCGUCACCGUCGUCGCCGUCGAACGAGGGCGAGCAAGACGUCGAGCACCUCGAGGAGGACGACGACGAUGACGAGUGGCGCCCUCCACCGCCGCCUCGUCCCGCGACGGCCGCCGCCGCCCUGCCGACACCUCAAGGCGGUCCGAGGCGUCGCAAGGUCGUCUCGUGCGAGGGCGACUGCGUCUACAUCGGCGCCGACUUUCUCACGCCAGACGAAACGACGGCCCUCGGCGAGCAGCUUUCGGCGGCUCAGCGAGAGAUCGCUCGCCUGCGCGCCGAGAUCGCGCGCCUCGAGGCUGAGGGCGGCGCGCGCGGACCUCCUCCCGUUCCCCCCUCCUCCUCCACCCCGACGCACGCCCUCCCGCUCCCGACCCCGCCCCGCCACCCGAGCUACUCGCUCGAGGCGCUCGCGCACGCCGCACGCCUCGGCACGACACCGGCGAGGGGCGCGCCCGACCUGUACGCGAGCGCCGAGCACCCGCUCGCGCCGUUCGUCGCGGCCGCGGCGGCGGCGCCGUCGCCCUCGUCCGGGUUCUCGUCGUCGGCGUCGACGGUGCCGGGCCUGCCGUCGAUGCUCGACCAUGUGCGCUCGCCGCACGUGCACCCGCACCCGCACUCGCACGUCCACCGCCACUCGCACCCUCCCCUCUUCCCCUCGAGCACCCCGGGCACCAGCACCACCUCGGCCCCUCCCUCCUUCUCGACCUCGACCCCAUUCUCCCACCCCGGCCCCGGCCCGAGCUCGCUCCCGCCCUCGUCGACCACCUACACGUUCACGGCCCCGCCGCACCCGCUCCCGUUCUUCCCGACGUGGACUUGGACCGGCGCGGGCUUGCCCGACCCGACGGCGGCGGCGAGUGCGGCGCACCCGGGCGUGGGCGUGGGCGCGGGCACGGGCGCGGGCGUGUGGGGCGUCGGCGGGGCGGCGAGCGAGGGGGCGCAGGGAGGAGGAGGAGCGCCGCCCGUUGACUGGGGCGGCGACGAGGCGCAGCGGGAGCACGAGCAGGAGCAGGAGCAUGCGCGCGGGCACGCGCAGGCGCAGGGGGCGCUGCCCUCCGAGUGGGCCGCCUGGGCGCGGGCGCAGCAGCCUCUCGAGCGCGCCGGGUCGAGCGAGCGCGAGCGCGAGGGCGAGGGCGCCGGGCGGGACGAGUGGGCGAGCGGCGCGUGGGACGGGCUUGCGGGGCUUGAGCGGGCGUACGGUGCGGGGUUCGAGGUUGGCCGCGGUGGAGGAGGGGGAGGGGGGUCGGGAGGGCGCAUCGAGAAGUGA